AAUUUUAAGAGUCAACAUUUUGAAGUCCGUCUUUAUGGUUUUUGGAUCAAUUUUUCGGUUUUUUCAAAAUUUUUCAGGUCAGUUAAGUAUUCCAUUAUGGGGGACUUUAGCGAUGUUAAACCGGAUUUAAUAAAUCAAGUGAUCGUUCCCCCAAUACCCAAACUGGGGGACUCGCAUCUGUUCUGGAUGUGGCGAAUGCUUAUUAAGACAUACCUGGCUGCUAUAGGACUUUGGUCCCGAGAUUACCCGAAGGAGAGCCCCCACGCAAAAUUUGUACUUUUGAGCACCUUGGAAAUUUGGGCUAUACGAAAGGAGUAUGAUGUCAUGACUUGCAGAGCUAUUUUUGAAGAUCUUGAACGGCGAUAUGCUGCCCCCGCUAGCAGAAACAACUCAAUGGAUAGCAUUAUAUAAGACAAUUAAGAGUUUCUUGGAUAUAUUAUUAGAACCUAUAUAUUUCGGCGACACCAGUUUAUUGUAAUACUACUUACCAAAAUUGUUUUGUAAUAAAUUUGAAAUUC